AUGGCUAAGACAAAGGAGCUCACUGAGGACCUGCAGCUGCGCAUUGUGACUGCUCACAAUGCCGCCCGCCCUCAGUCGGAGCAAAACCGUGGUGCUGCAGAGCGUGGCACGGUUGUUGUGGAAAUUGUGGUGGUUCCUGAUGAUGUCAGGUUGGUGGGCGGAGCCAGCCGCUGCGCUGGGAUCCUGGAGAGGAGAGAAAGAGGCGACUGGAGACCAGUAGAAGUCUCUUUAAAAGACUGGAACCUGACGUCUGCAGUGACGGCGUGCAGACAGCUCGACUGUGGUUCUGUGCUUUCAUUAGAAAUACCAAAGAACCCCCAAAGUUCAGGAUCAUCAUUUUAUGAUAGAAACCUGCAGAUCAACUGCUCAGACUCUGUCAGGCUGCAGGAUGGGGCUGGUGAGUGUUCAGGCAGACUGGAGCUGAAGUCUGAGCAGGGUUGGUCCUCUGUGAGUGAAGACGACUUUGACCUGCGUGCCGCUCAGGUGGUCUGCAGGGAGAUCGGCUGUGGCGCUCCUUCUGACCUGCAGGGGGAGCUCUAUGGAGACGUGGAUACUCCUGGUUCCAGUAAGAAGUACAGGUGUGAUGGCAACGAGUCAGCUCUCCUGGACUGUGACAGCUCUGUCAGUAACACCUCUGGGAGAGCUGUGAAACUCACCUGCUCAGAGCCGGCUGACUUCAGGCUGGCUGGAGGAGCCGGUCCAUGUGGUGGCACACUGGAGAUCAAAAAGAUGGGAGAAUGGAGAACGGUGGAUCCCGACAACUGUGACCAGCGUUGGGCAAACAGAGUCUGUGGACUGCUGGACUGUGGUUCUCUGGUCUCAAUCGCAGAAAAAUCAGGACGAGAAGAGGACCUCGCCUGGUCACUCCACUCUCACUGUGCUGAAUCUUCACUGAAGGAAUGUUUUACCGAAACUAAAGUUUCAGAGAAAUUCCUUGAGAUAGCCUGCUCAGGCAGACUGGAGGUGAAGUCUGACCAGAUUUGGUCCCCAGUGUGUGAGGAGGACUUGGACCUGCAGGGUGCUCAGGUGGUCUGUAGAGAGAUCGGCUGUGGGGCUCCUUCAGUCUUCAAGGGGGGAAUGUUUGGAGAAGUGGAGGCUCCAUUCUGGACUAAGAAGUUCCAGUGUGAAGGCCACGAGUCUGCUCUCCUGAACUGUCCAAAUUCAGGGCUGACUGACCCUGAUGAAGUCCGGUUGGUGGGGGGACCCAGCAAAUGCUCUGGUAAACUGGAGCUGAAACACCAUGGAGAGUGGAGACCAGUGGAUCACUCUGUCAGACUGGUGAACGGGACUGAUUGCUGUUCAGGCAGACUGGAGGUGAGGUCUGACCAGAUUUGGUCUCCAGUGUGUGAAGAGGACUUGGACCUGCAGGGUGCUCAGGUGGUCUGUAGAGAGAUUGGCUGUGAGUCUCCUUCAGUCUUCAAGGGGGGAAUGUUUGGAGAAGUGGAGGCUCCAUUCUGGACUAAGAAGUUCCAGUGUGAAGGCCACGAGUCUGCUCUCCUGGACUGUCCAGACUCAGAUUUGACUGGAAACACCUGUCCACCUGGUAGAGCUGUUGGCCUCACCUGCUCAGAUCCUGGUGAUGUCCGGUUGGUGGAAGGACCCAGCAAAUGCUCGGGUAAAUUGGAGCUGAAAUAUGAUGCAGAGUGGAGACCAGUGGAUCGUUGGGACCGUUCCUGGACUCUAGAGGAUACAGGAGAGUUCUACUCUGUCAGACUGGUGAACGGGACUGAUCGCUGUUCAGGCAGACUGGAGGUGAGGUCUGACCAGACUUGGUCCCCGGUGUGUGAAGAGGACUUGGACCUAGAGGGUGCUCAGGUGGUCUGUAGAGAGAUUGGCUGUGGGGUUCCUUCAGUCUUCAAGGGGGGAAUGUUUGGAGAAGUGGAGGCUCCAUUCUGGAGUAAGAAGUUCCAGUGUGAAGGCCACGGGUCUGCUCUCCUGAACUGUCCAGACUCAGGGCUGACUGGAAACACCUGUCCACCUGGUAGAGCUGUUGGCCUCACCUGCUCAGACUCUGUCAGACUGGUGAACGAGACUGAUCGCUGUUCAGGCAGACUGGAGGUGAGGUCUGACCAGAUCUGGUCCCCAGUGUGUGAAGAGGACUUGGACCUGCAGGGUGCUCAGGUGGUCUGUAGAGAGAUUGGCUGUGGGGCUCCCUUAGUCAUCCAGGGGACAAUGUUUGGAGGAGUGGAGGCUCCAUUCUGGACCAGAGACUUCCAGUGUGAAGGUAACGAGUCUGCUCUCCUGGACUGUGGAGGAUCUGGUUCACCUAGACACACCUGCUCACCUGGUAGAGCUGCUGGACUCUCCUGUGAAAAUCCAGAUUACAUCAGGUUGGUGGGAGAGCCCAGCCGGUGUGCAGGAUCACUGGAGAUUAAACACAUGGACGAGUGGCAACCUUUAUUUGACUCUGAGUGGGACCAGGGGUCUGCAGAUGUAGUGUGUAACAUGCUGAAAUGUGCUUCUGCUGUUUCAACAAGAGCAGUGAAGCAAAAUAACACAAGACCAACGUGGCACAUCGAGCCCUCCUGUGUCCAGACAGCAUCUUCUCUGUUUGAGUGUUUAGAUCAGGGACCCUUUGAUAGCGACGUGGGCCUUGAGGUGAUCUGCUCAGAUUUGCUGGUAAAGCCAACCAUCGCCUUCUCUUCCUCCACUGACGGGGUCUCUGAGGCCACGCCGCAGGGCUACCAGGCCCUCAUUGGCUAUAGCUUCAACAUCACAUGCUCCAUCAAACCUCAGUAUGAAGGAGGAUAUUUCCAGCUCCUCUUCUCUGACUCCGUCACAACACAGAGCUACACCCUGACAGCCGUCAACCAUUCUGCCCAUUUCCUGUUUCCUCCUGCAGACCAGAGCCACGGAGGGCGGUACAGCUGUGUUUAUCACCUCCGUGUUUUCUCCCAGAACUUCUCCUCAGAGAGCCAGACUCUCUCUCUCGCUGUCGGAGCCCCUCUGAUAGACCUGAUCAUCAGAUGUGUCGUCCUGAUUGGUGGUCUGCUGAUAUACGACACUGCCCUCUACUGCUACUAUAAGGUCCAAACCAGACAGAUUCCCAGGACUACUGAUGACUGCCUGCUGUCUCAGUGAAGGCGAUGGAGACGUUGGACAUUGUGGACGUCUGUGGGGACCACACGGGGGUCCUC